UAUGGCUUCCUGCACCUGGUGACGGUUGAGGAAAUUGAAUUUGGUAUCAUGGAGAAAUCGCGGGGCACUGAGAAGACGCCGCCUUCAGAGCCAAUGGAAGAGGAGGAGGACGACGACUUAGAACUCUUCGGGGGCUACGACAGCUUCCGGAGUUACAACAGUAGUGCGGGCAGUGAGAGCAGCUCCUACUUGGAGGAAUCAAGUGAAGCAGAAAAUGAAGAUCGGGAAGCAGGGGAGCUGCCCACCUCACCUCUUCAUCUGUUCAGCUCUGCAAACAACCGCUCCUUGGAUGGAAGUGGUUCUGAGCCAGCUGUCUGUGAGAUGUGUGGUAUCGUGGGCACAAGAGAAGCUUUCUUCUCAAAGACCAAGAGGUUCUGCAGUGUCUCAUGUUCCAGGAGCUACUCCUCCAACUCCAAGAAAGCCAGUAUCUUGGCUAGACUGCAGGGAAAGCCACCCACCAAAAAAGCCAAAGUCCUGCACAAGGCAGCCUGGUCUGCCAAAAUUGGAGCCUUCCUCCACGCCCAGGGAACAGGACAGCUGGCAGAUGGGACACCCACAGGACAAGAUGCUCUGGUCUUAGGGUUCGACUGGGGGAAGUUCCUGAAGGAUCACAGUUACAAGGCUGCUCCUGUCAGCUGCUUUAAACACGUGCCCCUCUAUGACCAAUGGGAAGACGUCAUGAAGGGGAUGAAGGUGGAAGUCCUCAACAGUGAUGCUGUGCUCCCCAGCCGGGUGUACUGGAUCGCCACUGUCAUCCAGGCAGCUGGUGGGUGUUCCUGUCUGCCAUGUGUCCUAUCCAGGUACCGGGUGCUGCUCCGAUACGAAGGCUUUGAAAAUGAUGCCAGUCAUGACUUCUGGUGCAACCUGGGGACCGUGGAUGUCCACCCCAUUGGGUGGUGUGCCAUCAACAGCAAGAUUCUGGUACCUCCACGGACCAUCCAUGCCAAGUUUACUGACUGGAAGAGCUACCUCAUGAAGCGGUUGGUGGGUUCUAGAACACUUCCUGCAGAUUUUCAUAUCAAGAUGGUGGAAAGCAUGAAGUACCCUUUCCGGCAGGGCAUGCGCUUAGAGGUUGUAGACAAGACCCAGGUGUCACGUACACGCAUGGCUGUGGUGGACACAGUAAUUGGGGGUCGCCUACGGCUCCUCUAUGAGGAUGGUGACAGUGAUGAUGACUUUUGGUGUCAUAUGUGGAGUCCCCUGAUCCACCCAGUGGGUUGGUCUCGGCGUGUUGGCCACGGCAUCAAGAUGUCAGAUAGACGAUGUGACAUGUCUCAUCACCCUACCUUCCGGAAAAUCUACUGUGAUGCUGUUCCUUACCUCUUCAAGAAGGUCCGAGCUGUCUACACGGAAGGUGGCUGGUUCGAGGAAGGAAUGAAACUAGAGGCCAUUGACCCUCUGAAUCUGGGCAAUAUCUGUGUAGCAACCAUCUGCAAGGUGCUCUUGGAUGGUUACCUGAUGAUCUGUGUGGAUGGGGGUCCCUCCACAGAUGGCUCAGAUUGGUUCUGCUACCAUGCCUCCUCCCAUGCCAUCUUCCCAGCCACCUUCUGCCAAAAGAAUGACAUAGAGCUCACACCCCCAAAAGGGUAUGAGACACAGCAUUUUGACUGGGAGACCUACUUAGAGAAGACCAAGUCAAAAGCAGCUCCAGCACGACUCUUUAACAUGGACUGCCCCAACCAUGGCUUCAAGGUGGGCAUGAAGCUGGAGGCUGUGGACUUGAUGGAGCCCCGGCUCAUCUGUGUGGCCACUGUGAAGCGGGUGGUGCACCGACUCGUCAGCAUCCACUUCGACGGCUGGGACAACGAGUAUGAUCAGUGGGUGGACUGCGAAUCCCCGGACAUCUACCCUGUCGGCUGGUGUGAGCUCACCGGCUAUCAGCUCCAGCCACCGGUGUCCGCAGAACCAAACACAACUCAGAAAGGCAAAGACGCCACAAAGAAGAAGAAGAAACAGUUUGGGAAGAAAAGGAAAAGAAUCCCAUCAGCCAAGACCCGGCCCCUCAGACAGGGCUCCAAGAAACCCUUACUGGAGGACAACCUUGAGGCGUUGGCGGUCUCGGAACCAGUUCCUGAUGACAUUAUCGCUGUGUGCGUGAAGGAGGAGCACCAGGACAUCUCCUCGCCUGACAGGUCACCCAGUCCACAGCUGCCUCUCCCCAUUGAGAGCAUCAAGCAGGAGAGAGACAACUGAGACUUCCCUGGCAUCAGCCUGGACCCUAACUGAAGCCAAGCCUGGUCAUGGAGCAGAGAGGGAGCCCAGCUUUACUGCUAUGUAGUGAAUGGACAGCCUAGUCUUCCAGGCCCACCUCCGCCCUCUGGCCAGGCCUGUUGGCUGCUCAGCUUGAGUCCUAAGGCAGCACACUACUGCACCCUCAGCACACUGGAGAACUAGACUGACUGCCAUGUGUCUACCUAGGCGAGUGAUGGAAGUCAGGGAAUGUAGCAGCUGUGGGUGGGCAGCCCAAGCUGAUGCUGGGUGAGAACGGAGUCACCUCUGCUUAAAAUAAAUUGAGGGUCUUGUACCUUCUUGGGGCACCCUGUACCACCUGAUGUCCCAGGGCCCCCACUGUGGCAGGGAAUUGACCAAGGUAGUGGGUUUGAGUGAUUUGGAUUUGGACCUUGAUCUCUCAGGGAUGGCAAGAACACUGACUCCAUUUCUUAGAGGGAACAGUUGGGAAGAUGUGCACAGGAUCUGUGCCCCUAAGGGAGACGUGGGCCAGGUUACUUGCUGUCAGGUACAAGAUCAGACAGUAGUUUGGCCCAUGCAGUCUGGGUGUCCUGCCUGAGACCAUCCUUCUCUAGAUCUGAGCUUGGGUUGGACCUAUCCUUUCCACUCCCCUGCCUGGGUCAGCCCAGCCGUUGUUCAGCUCACUGUCUUCACAGUGUUUGACUUUGGUUUUUCCCACUAAGAUACAUUUUUGUUUUGUUUUUGAAACAGGGUCUAUGUAGUGCUUGCUGUUCCAGAGCUUGAUAUGUAGCCCAUGCAGACUUUAAACUGUUAGGGAUUCACCUUCCUCUGCCUCCCGAGUGCUAGGAUUAAAACUGUGUGCCUAGUCUCCAGCUAGACACUUUGAAACUGGCGGCCUAGCCCUCCAGUAUCAUCCUGGAAGCAGUGGGGGCUCCUGCAGUGCCCUGGGUUUGACUGGGUUAUGGACAGAGCAGUGAAGCCAGUGGCUCUGUUGUGCCAUCUCUGGGCCUACUCUGGUCAAGUCUCGUCUGCCAUGUGCUAGACUUUGCUCAGGACCAGGCCUGGUUCAUCCCUAAGGGGACAUGUGAAUGACCAGUCAUCACAGACUGGGCAGGUUCUGAGAGAAGUUGGUCUUGACCUAUCUGCUAAAGAUAGCCCACCCUGUGCAGAAUCUAGGCCAUGAAAGAGGCCUUUGUCUGCCUGCUUUCCUCAAAGGGAGGAAGAUGAAAGUCUACAGUAAAAGGCAGGUUCAGUUCCCAGCACCCACUCACAGCUGCCUGUAUCUUGAGCUCCAGGGGAGCCUGUGCCUGUGGUUUCUGUGGAUACAAAUGUGUAUAUCCUUAAACAUAAUUAUAAAUAAAAUCUGUGAAGAAAACAGUGAGAUGCUAUCAGAUGAGUGGACCUCGGC